AUGUCAACAAAUCCUGGCCGCCAAACACUGCAAGAUGCAACAAACACAGACCUCGGAGGCCCCGCUGCUCGACAACCACGAAUUACACCUCGAAAUACCGAUGAACAUGCAGCAAAUGAAACUGAUAUCUCGAAGGAAACACCAUGGAGAACUCUGAACCAACUUGCCAAUAUUCCCAGGCCUACAACCCCGUUGCGUCGAGCUUCGAGUGCGGGACCAUCGUCGACUCGUCGAUCAGCUCGCAGGACGCCAGGCACCGCGCAUAGAACGAAUGGUUCGGGAAGAAAGGCUGUUGUAGUUACUCCACAUGGCAGAGCUGCACGGCGCGAACUGGAUCUACGAAGAGCAGGUUUGACGCCGGGGAAAGACCGCAGGAGAAGCGGUAAACAGCAAAGAGAAACACCGCGAGAUAUACUGCGACAACUCAGCAGACAUUUAGCUCCGAAGACCUUACCUACUGUACCUACAGCUGAGGGUCAAUCUGCUUCCGUGACGAGGUCGAGGUUCCGAAUUCAGGACGAAGAUGACCUGGACGACGGAUCAGAAGUUCAGCGACCACGGCUGUCCUUGCCUCUUGACGAAGAUGAGGAUGAGGAUGACGAUUCCUUAUUACUUCCGCCCCAAUCCGCUGGCCUAGAAGAUGAGAAUUUUACCGUGCAAUCCGUUGAGUUAGGACGAAGAGCCAUCGGUGAGCAACCGCCAGGAAAGCUGUCGAGAGGUAGCUUUGGUAGUAUCCGCAUGAGUGAUGUUUUCGCCGACUUGAAUGACACCAUGAGAGGAGAUAUAAGUGGGGAUGCCUAUGAUUCCAGCUAUGUUGUAGGAGGUAAUCUCGGCGACGAGGAUAUGGCAAAUGCUUUGGAAGAUGGAGUAUUUGGAGUAGAGAACACUGUCACCCUACGAGAUUUUGGUCUCGAUCGCGGUAUAUUUGGAUUGGCGUCAGGGAGGGAUAGCGAUAUCCGUCCAGCGAAUCUGCCAGCAGAUGAUACAGAGAACACUUUCGUUUUUACCGUCCCACCCAGAGAAGCCCUGGAAAAAGAAGUUGCACCCGAGAAUUUAGAGCUAUCUCUACUUGAUUAUGGCCAGGAUGUAGAAGAGUUGGUAGAUGUGGAGAAUGAGCAAGAUGGCGACGAAGAAUUGGAUGAAGAGGAUAAUCAGCAUGAGGAGAGUGGCGCCGAAGAAUUGGGGGACAUCAGCAAUAUUAAUGCACUAGGCCAUGAUCCCAGCAUACUGGAUGCCACAAUGCAAGAAUCCGAGGUUGCUGAGAUUAUGAAGACGAGGAAUGCUCGUAAGAAGACGGUAAAGGUCUCGAAGCAUGGUACCCAGUAUCCUUCACUUCCCGCUGGCGUGGUAAAGAAAUUGGCAACGAGAUUUGCACGCACGGCUGGCAGUAAGGCUAAGAUCAAUAAGGAGGCUCUGGAUGCAAUCAUGCAAGCGUCGGAUUGGUUCUUUGAGCAAGUCAGUGAUGAUUUGGGAGCCUAUGCUAAGCACGCCGGGAGGAAGACAAUUGAUGAGAGUGACAUUGUUACUCUUAUGGCGAGGUAUGGCCAAUUCAGGGUUCUUUGUUCAUUCGGGCCGUAUUCUAACACUUAUCUUCACAGGCAACGCCAGACAAAUUCUGCAACAACGCCAUUCUCCCUCGCACAGAAACAUCUACCACGCGAGCUUUUGCAAGAGCUGCGUAUGGUCCCACCUUCCAAGCUCAAGAAAGGUCGAGCAUUAGAGACGGUCGAGGAGGGCGAAGAAGAUUGA